AUAGUGUUCCACCUUUUUUAUCUCAACUUUUCCUUUGUUUUUUAAAAUGUCCUUUCAAAAAAUCAUAAGGUUAACCUCUAACUAAAUUAUGUAGAUCCAAGUGCUAACUUGACAUUUGUAUUUGAUGUUUUUAAAAUUUUACGUGAUAAAACUGUACCUUGAUUUAUUAGAAAUUAAAGCGUUUAUUAUUUGUUCAAGUAAAAUCUCUCUCUCUCUCUCUCUCGCUCUCGCUCUGGUUCGCUCGCUCCUAAUGCAGGAAAUGGCGACGGAACUGAGAGGUGGCGCCGCCGCUCUGCCCCUAUCCUUCCGCCGUGCUUCGGCGUUACGACGCCGUGUGCCGUUCUUCAGCACUAUGGGACCGCCGCGAUUAGGCUUUGUCGCUCUGGCUGCUAAGAGAAGCCCUAAACGUCUCAAGUACUCUGCUCCUCGCUUCUUCAAGGAGGAUGGCUUGCUUUACAUUGAAGCUGACCCAUCAGGAGCAGACAGUUGGAAACUGGAUCCAGUUGUUGAACUUUUGAAAGAGGGAGCUGUGGGGGUCAUUCCCACAGACACAGUGUAUGCAAUAGCUUGUGACAUGAAAAACAAUUCAGCCAUAGAACGUCUACGAAGAAUAAAAAAUAUAGAAACUUCAAAGCCCCUUAGUAUUUUAUGCCACUCCUUCCGGGAUAUAGAUACAUAUACAACAGGUUUCCCUCGAGGUGAUAACCAAGGUCAUACGAACACUUUUCGAGCUGUUAAGCAUUGCUUGCCCGGUCCUUACACUUUCAUCUUAACUGCAAGCAAAGGAUUACCAAAACAGUGUGCAAGAUAUGGGACAACGGCUGCCAAAUAUGCAUCAAGGAAGAAUGUUGGUGUCCGUAUGCCUAAUGAUGCCAUAUGUCAAGCAAUUCUAGCGAAGUUGGAUGCACCAUUAAUAUCCACAAGUGUCAAGUCACCAAAGGAAAACGAGUGGAUGAUAGAUCCCGUGGUGAUAGCGGACACAUAUGGACCUGAGGGUCUUGACUUUGUUGUUGAUGGUGGUGUUAGAGUGGCUGACCCUUCCACUGUAGUUGAUAUGACAGGGAGUUUUCCAAAAAUCAUACGACAGGGAAAGGGACCUAAACAACCCUGGAUGGUGACAGAAAGUGAGGAUUUUCCUCUGCGUGAAGACAACUUCAUCCCUCGCAUUGUGUAGAACAAAUCUUUCUUGGUAGACCCUGCACAGAGUUCAGCUAUACAUUGUCGAAAGCUUUGGCCAUACAAAAGCGCAUCUAAGGUUGGAUAUGUCUUGCUUGCCUCCACAUUUUGGAUAUCCAUGGAAGAUAAAACGAAGGAUAAAGUCUGUCUGUAUUUUAAUGUAAAUACUUGUUUUGGAGAAUGGUACAUGGAAAACGGGACAUUGUGUUGAUUCCCUUGGCACACUUCAAUUGUCUUAUACUGUCGCCACAAGUUUCAUAUAAACUUCGUAUACAAGAUGAUGCUCAGCCACCUAACUACAGAACAUGACUAUCCAGAAUCUCCACACAUGAGCCGCCCAAUGCGAAGGUACGGUUUGGUCGCAAAAUGGGAUAUGAAGUUGGGUGUGCAUGCAUUUCUUGACAUAUGUAUGGACAGGUAGUCUUUGAUCUACAAUUUUUCAGUGUUCAUGUUACAA